GUGUGUGUGUGUGUGCGCGCGCGCGCGCGCACGCACGCGCGCGCCUCUCAUUUGUGGCCUCUGGGCAGCAGGGAUCCAGUCUUCGAACCCUUUUAUUGAUAGGGUGCAUGCUGUCUUAUGAAAGUCAACACUUUCCAUUUGUAAGUGCUAUAAUUAGUGUCCUUUCUCUCUUCCUUCUCUUUCUAGCUCCUAGCCCUUCAUUUCUCUGCUUCCCCUCCCUUUUUUUUCUUCCCCUUUCUCUUUUCCCUUCCUCCCUGGCCUCUGCUCUCUCAGGUCCUACCAUUUCCAAAACUCAGACGCCCCUUUCCAGAAGUCGCUCUCCAGUCAAUCACUGAGGGCUGUGGCCUACAGUGAGGUAACAACUUUGUAACUUUAGCGGGAUCUAUUUGAAGUGACACCUUUCCCGGGCCUUACGGCUUAGCCUUCUGCUCCUCUCAUCUAGUCAUGCAGUAGGUUUCCAUUACUGACCUCGCCAAUGAUCAAAUGAAACGUGAAAUGGGCUAUUCUGGAGCCUCGAGGCCCAGAUGGGUCGAUAUGCAAGCCAAGGGGCAAAGCUAGGGCCCUGCGAAUCGAAGCACACUGGCCUACUUCGUUGCCGGAGAGGAGACCUUCUGUCUAGAAGCAAUCCCUACUAUGGCUGGCUGGAUUCCAGCCAGCCCAGCUUGGGCCGGCGCGGCCGCUUUAAGAGAGGGGCGGGGCCCGGCACAGGCGAGGCAGGGCCUGCCCACAAGGCUGCUUUUCCUUUUUGAUCCAUUCAAAAAUUACUCAUUGCAAAUUCCCGGACAGCUCAGGGAGGAGAAGCUGGGGGGGGCGGAGGACAGAGAAAGCUGCAGCAGCGCAACGCUGGGACUCCUGGACCCCGCGGGCUGAGGUCGGACCUGCAGCAGCCACCGGCCCGCGCCGAGCUCCAGUAGCCUCUCCAGGAAGCGUCAGUCUCAGCUCGGAGAUCUGGGAGCGCCGCCCCCGCCGUCCUCCCGGGACCCCCGGCUCUGGCGCGCGGGCGAUGGGCGGCCGCUGAGCGGUCACUCGGCAUCGCGACCCCAGCCCUAGGCAUGGCCGCGCGCGAGGAGCUGUACAGCAAAGUCACCCCGCGUAGGGACCGCCUGCAGCGUCCGGGCACCGUCAGGCAUGGGUCGGCGCUGGACCUGCUCCUGUCCAUGGGCUUCCCCCGCGCCCGCGCACAAAAAGCUCUGGCAUCCACGGGAGGAAGAAGCGUUCAAGCAGCAUGUGACUGGUUGGUUGUUCUCCCACGUCGGGGACCCCUUCCUGGAUGACCCCCUGCCUCGGGAGUAUGUUCUCUACCUCCGCCCAACCGGUCCAUUAGCCCAGAAGCUCUCUGACUUCUGGCAGCAGUCCAAGCAGAUCUGUGGGAAGAACAAGGCCCACAACAUCUUCCCCCACAUCACCCUCUGCCAGUUCUUCAUGUGCGAGGACAGCAAGGUGGAUGCUCUGGGAGAAGCCCUGCAGACUACUGUCAGUCGAUGGAGGUGUAAGUUCUCAGCCCCACUACCCCUGGAGCUGUACACCUCCUCCAACUUCAUCGGGCUCUUUGUGAAGGAAGACAGCGCAGAGGUCCUCAAGAAGUUCGCGGCUGACUUCGCCGCAGAGGCUGCAUCCAAAACCGAAGUGCACGUGGAGCCUCAUAAGAAGCAGCUGCACGUGACACUGGCCUACCACUUCCAAGCCAGCCACCUACCCACCCUAGAGAAACUCGCCCAGAACAUCGAUGUCAAGCUAGGGUGUGACUGGGUGGCCACCAUAUUCUCUCGGGAUAUCCGAUUUGCUAAUCAUGAGACGUUACAGGUGAUCUACCCCUAUUCACCUCAGAAUGAUGACGAAUUGGAGUUGGUCCCAGGGGACUUCAUCUUCAUGUCUCCUAUGGAACAGACCAGCACCAGUGAGGGCUGGAUUUAUGGCACCUCGCUGACCACUGGCUGCUCUGGGCUGCUCCCCGAGAACUACAUUACCAAGGCUGAUGAGUGUAGCACCUGGAUCUUCCAUGGUUCCUGUUCUAUCUUGAAUACGGUAUCAUCCAGCGCACUCGCAUUUGGCGAUGGGGCGUUAGAGAGGCGGCAGUAUGAGGAUCAAGGACUUGGGGAGACUACACCCCUCACUAUCAUUUGUCAGCCCAUGCAGCCCCUGAGAGUCAACAGCCAGCCUGGGCCCCAGAAGCGAUGCCUCUUUGUCUGUCGGCACGGGGAGAGGAUGGACGUUGUGUUUGGGAAGUACUGGCUAUCCCAAUGUUUCGAUGCCAAAGGCCGCUACAUACGCACCAACCUGAACAUGCCUCACAGCUUACCUCAGCGGAGCGGCAGUUUCCGGGAUUACGAGAAAGAUGCUCCAAUCACUGUGUUUGGGUGUAUGCAAGCAAGACUAGUGGGUGAAGCCUUGUUAGAAAGUAACACCGUCAUUGACCACGUUUAUUGCUCACCAUCCCUACGCUGCGUUCAGACCGCACAUAAUAUAUUGAAAGGUUUACAACAAGACAAUCACUUGAAGAUUCGGGUCGAGCCAGGCCUAUUUGAAUGGACAAAGUGGGUUGCUGGGAGCACAUUGCCAGCAUGGAUGCCUCCAUCAGAGCUAGCAGCAGCCAACCUGAGUGUUGAUACAACCUACAGACCUCACAUUCCAGUCAGCAAAUUGGUGAUUUCGGAAUCCUAUGACACCUACAUCAAUAGGAGUUUCCAGGUGACGAAGGAGAUAAUAAGUGAAUGCAAAAGUAAGGGAAAUAACAUUCUGAUUGUGGCCCACGCAUCUUCCCUCGAAGCAUGUACCUGCCAGCUCCAAGGCCUAUCCCCGCAGAACUCUAAGGACUUCGUGCAAAUGGUCCGGAAGAUCCCAUAUUUAGGCUUCUGUUCCUGCGAAGAACUGGGAGAAACCGGAAUAUGGCAACUGACAGACCCACCCAUCCUUCCCCUUACCCACGGACCCACUGGGGGCUUCAACUGGAGAGAGACCCUUCUGCAAGAAUAAGCUGCCUGAGGGAUGGGAGGAACUUGCAGACGAGCCCUCAGGAUGUUCCUUAGCAGUGGGAAAGAAAGCCCACGCUGCAUUCAAAGCAGACAGCUCAGAAUCAUUUAGCAUAUUUCUUUUCAUGCUUAGGGGACAGCGAGAUUAUGUCAACGAGGGGAAGUCGUGAUUCAGAGGGAGAAUUUUUAAAAAAUCCUUCUCUCUGGACUUGCCUAGCUAACAAGGCUUUGGAGAAUUGUCUUCCUGAGCUGAGUACCUGCUGCUGCAGAAACUACCACCCUCCUUCAGGCUACGCAUGGCUAAAGAGCCUCAUUCUUCUCCCAGAGAGCUGCUCCCACCCUCAAAAGGCAUGCAAGGGGAACGACUGUGUCUGGAAUCCAACUGGGCAUGGGAUAGCCUUUUGUGCUCUAUUUGCAAGUUAGGCAAAGCCACCCUGAGGAGUGCAUUGGUGGUUGUUAGGAACCAUACAUAAGAACAGUCCUGUGUCAGACAGCAGAUUCUCCUCUCGGCAGACUCCAUUCAUUAGCGUGCCAGGCACCCACUUGAGGACUCCCAGCAUUCACCCUGGUACCACCACUUGAUCUCCAGAGCAGCCUGGCCCUUUGUGCCUCUCUAUCUGUGAAAUGUGGAGAACAGCAUGUUUGCUCUCCCAAGCACUUUGACAUAACUCAGGAGGAAUCAAGAAAUGGGUGGUGUAUUAAAUGGGGGGGUGCAGUGACAUAGAAUAUUCAUCAAAUUGAAAUUACUCCCGUGACGGCCGGAUGAACUGUGAAGUCCCCACGCCUGUCUGAAUCAGGGCGUGCCUUUCCACCCAGGCUCUAGACUGUGUUAAGCAGUUAAGGAGAUUGACCUUUGGAAGGAUGUAGGUUCGAUUCACUAUUUGGAUCAGCAAAAAACAAAAACAAAAACAAACAAACAAACAAAAAAUUCCAGUGCGAUACAGAUAUUUUUAGAAACUGUACUGAGGGUCGUGUUGUUGGUCACAUAGAGUCCAUGUGCAGUGUAGCAGAAUGUCCGUAGGUUAGCCAGUUUUAGGGUGUCUAGGAAGCCCAGGGACUAAUGUGAAUGGUGACAGUCACAGCUGCACUGCUUCUUUUGCUGCCCUCUUCGCUUUUCUAUGGUAAUUUAAAAUAAUGGGAGGGAGGGCCACUUGAAGGAAGCUGGAGAGUGACAGCCUUUCUGCGGGGGCUCUCACCACACCUACUUCCCGUAUUUAGGGAGAGUGCGUGUAUUUAAAGGAAGAAUAAAUGACAAUCAAACCAAAACAUUCCAUGUCGAUGUCUGUUGAAUUGUGUAUUCCGAUAGCCAUGAGGGCCACAUACAGUAGCCCGGUAUGAGAUAGUUAAUUGUAUAGCGUGUAUGCAGAAAUUGAAACCCCAGCCACUGAGAGGGAACACCGAUAUAAAACAAAUAUGUCCUAGAGCAUUACAUUGUAACAGCCAGACAUACACCUAUGCCUGUAUACGCCUGUAUGUCUUAGUCUUAAGUGUUCAGGUAACUGUAUCACUUUGAUUGGGCCACAUUCCAUUGUCCUUAAUCCAACAGAGACAGCGUCUGACUACAGAGCCGGAGAGGACAGAAUCUGAAGUAACUUUCUGAAGAACUUAAGUGGAAAACCCUUGAGCACAGAAACGUUUAAUUCUCCAAAUUGCUUGUCAAAAUGGCUGGGUGAUGUGAAUUCAAUUAACAUCUUAUUGCACGCUGGUCUGUUUAAAAGAAUUCAAGAUUGGGUCCAGCUGAGCAAUCUUGGGAAUCACACUGAAUCUGUGUGUAGAGACAACUGGAUCAUCAGAUUUCAUAUGCAUACAGAAGUUCUACGCUGGCAGUAGACCCUGAGUUGAGGCUAGCUCUUUUCUAUCUGCAGCUCAUGCUAGCUCAGAUGAUACUUGGGAGAAGGAAUGAGUUAGGGACAGAUCAGGGGAAAAAAUUAAAUUUUUUUUCACUAUGUGCCUCCCCCGACCCCCCCCCCUUUUUUUUGGUAAGUGUUGGAAAGCCAUCUGAAAUACUUCAGGGGAGAUGACAUUAGUGGAAGGGAUGACAAGUCCAAAUAGUGUCCCGCUUCACCAAGUGUCCAUGCUCCAGUGUUAUUCCCUGUGAUUGCUGUGUGUAUGUCUGACUGGAAUAACUGGUGCAUGCUAAUACACACCAUGAGGCUGUCUUUCUCAGGCUCUUUCUUCUCACUGCUGCUUGGCCUUGAGGAGCCCUUAGCUUCACCCCAGGGGGUGCCAGUGACAUUCAGAUGACAGUGUCUCUUUCCCUAUGCAUUCAGAUUCCUGCAAUCUGAAUGGCUCAUUAAGGGGCCAUCUGAUAGCUGAAAGAGGGGGUUAUUUCUCACCCUGUAAUGAAAGACUUGGGAGACUUUCUACUUUCUUAUUUUAAUUAUACUUUAACCAAAGAGUUGUUUUCAAGUAACCAUAUAUUUGAAAGAUGACUUUGCAAAUAAAUAAAAAUAAAAAUGGGAAGUAGCCUUCUGGAGCCAUGUGGGUUUGGUAAAUCGCUGAUGGUCAUUUUCUUGCCAGUUCUGUUUGGAAUACAUAGAGAUGCUCUUCCUGCUGUGUGUAACGCUGCCCGGGAUGUAUCCUUUCCACUCUAUGGAGUGUGUCCCUGUGAAAACGAACUCUUAUUUCAAUUAUCGGAUGUCGUUGGGGAACUCUAAUGGCAACAGGAAGAGAAGUUCCUAUCUCACUGGCUUUGUAGAAACCUUGGUUUCUGCGCCAGGAACAGAAUUCCUCUGUAACCCAGGCGCUGGCUUUAAUUUCAGAGCGGCGAUGAAUUGCUCUUUUGAAAAUACUCUCAGUAUAUUCAUGUGUUAGAAUACAGAUGAGCCUCCCACUAAGCUUCACAGGCAUCGGCACAGUCAACUGAACCAAAUCUGCAGAAAGUUGGAUAAUGAGACUCCUGGACAUUUGCAUUUAAAUUGACUGAUCCAGCACAUGCACCGGAGGAGGAAAAAAAGGGGGGUGUAGGGGUGUAGUCUGAUGGGCCUGAGCUCUCCAAGGAAGAAGACUGUCAAGGAGAGCAGGGGACAACCUGACUUGUCAUCUAUUUAGGGGGUGUCCGUGUUACAAAGGUGAUAGGGGUGGGGCUGUUAGGUGCUUUUCAUCGUUAAACAUGACUAAAAUUGAAUUUGCUUUUGUAACUCUUCGUCAUUGAUUGCUAGGAGAGUGACGGUAGGCAUUGCCUCUCAAUGCAAAAGAAAUAGCUGGACUGUUACGCACAUAUAGUAUUAGGUUUGCUGUGUGUAGGUUGAAGAUUUAGAGUCGUUAGUAGCCAGACAAUAUACAGUCAGUCCUCACAGAUAUUUGCCUGCUCCUCCCUAGCCAUUCUACAUGCACAGACAUUUUGCAGCUGUUAAACUAUUCGUGGAACUCUGUAUGUGAUACAUGCGUUAAAAUGGAAACAAUGUAUACCCGUGCUUUGGUUGCCACUGAGAUGGAAACAACAUCCCAGAGCCUUCCAGUUUUACAUAGACCACACUGAACCUGCUGUGUUAGGAAGGCAUGUCAGUUCUUUUUCUCACACGUGAGACUUUUGUAUCUCAUUUUUCUAUAUGAUUUGGGUGUAUUUAUUUGGGGGAAAAUGUUUGUAAUUAUAAGACUAGAAAACCACACCUCGCUGUAUGGCCAAGUUCCUUGUACACUCCCCACGGCGUCCGUGCUUCUGUGGCUGAGAAGCUGAUCCUCUGGAUAGAGCUAUGGCAGCCUUGUGAUCAGUUCAUUGUGUCCCAGGACCAUAUCCACUGACAUGGUUCAUAGAUGACUUAAUAAAAGGAAACUGUGUCCUCAGUUGACCCAGCACAACUACAGAUUAA